ACCUCGCUACAUUAAUGACCUUGACCUCUAAGUGCAGAAGUUAUCUCUUCUCUCAGCUUCCGGUGGUGAGCAGACGAACAACAGCAAGCUUAUCUAGGUUGAAUCAGCUUGCCAAUCAUGACAACCAUUGGGCAGUCAUUUGCGAAUCGUUAUGAUUCGGCUCUUACUCAACUUUGUGGACUAGAUGUGGAUUCAGGAAUACGGCCUUUCCGUAUGACACCUAUUAUUUGCACAAUAGGGCCAUCAUGUGAGAAUAUAAAGAUCAUAGCUGAGAUGAUUGAAGUUGGGAUGAACAUAUGUCGUCUUAACAUGGCACAUGGCACUUUUGAGUACCAUAGUCAGCUGAUCAAAAAUGUUCGUGAAGCUAUGUCUCAAACGCAUUCACCUUCACCUGUGGCCAUUGCCGUGGAACUUGGAGGUCAGGGUGUACGUUGUGGUUGUUUUCUUCCAGAACUUGGAGAAGAAGUCAAGUUCAAAAAGGGAGAUGUGGUAAUUCUGACAAAUGAGAAAGAAUUACAAGAUAAAUGUGAUCGCUCAGUGCUUUAUAUCAACAGCCAGUAUUAUUUGAAUCUGGCCAAAAUUGGCCACAAAAUCUGGGUUGGAGAUGGCCUCCUUUCCUUCGUUGUCAAAGAAAAGUUGAAUCAUGGCAAGUUACGAGCAGAGGUUGACACAGAAGGAGAAAUCAGUAACUUGGACCACUGUAUCAUCCCCAGGGUGCCCCCAGCCCCCACAUGUUGUCUAACUGAUUAUGACAAGGAGUGCAUCAAGUUUGCCCUGGCCCAUAAUGUGGAUAUGAUCUUUGCAUCCUGGGUUUGGUCUGAGUCCAUAAUUAAGGAGAUCAGGAGCAUGCUGGGAGACAAAGGUGCAAAGAUGAAAAUUAUUGCCAACAUUGAGAACUACAUGGGAGUCAAAAACUUCAAUGAAAUAGUGGAGGCAGCGGAUGGUGUGAUGGUGGCACGGGGAGACCUUGGAAUGGAUCUACCUCCAGAGAAAGUGUUUCUGGCUCAGAAGAAUAUGAUUGGCAGGGCGAAUGUAGCUGGCAAACCGGUUAUCUGUGCUGCCCAAAUGCUGGACAGUAUGGUGAAGAACCCUCGCCCAACUCGAGCAGAGGCUGGUGAUGUGGCCAACGCCAUUUUAGAUGGCGCUGACUGCAUAAUGUUGUCGAGAGAAACAGCAGCUGGCCGUUACCCUGUUUUAGCUUUGAAGUAUGCAUGUGCUAUUGCACGGGAAGCAGAGAUGGCAGUGCAUCAUGAUCGUGUGUAUCGCCAGCUAAGAGCAUCAACUCCUCUCCCAGUUGACAGCACCCACUGCACGGCCAUUUCUGCUGUGGAAGCCUCAAUCCGUUGCCAGGCGUCUGCCAUUAUUGUUGUCACCAAUAGUGGAAGGUCAGCUGGAGUGGUUGCCAGGUACCGGCCUCCUUGCCUUAUUGUUGCUGUGACAAAAAGUCAGCACACAGUCAAAUUGCUUCAUCUUCAUCGUGGAAUCUACCCAGUGCUUCAUGAUGCUGCCAGUUGUGGCGAAUGGAUUGAUGAUAUUGACUUCCGUAUUAAUCAUGCUCUCAUCAUCUGCAAGCGCCGGGGUUAUGUAAAGGCUGGAGAUUACUGUAUUCUGGUGACGGGCUCUAUGGAAGGCCCUGGCUGGACUAAUACAGUCCGCACAAUCAGUGUUCCUGACCAAGACACUUUAACUCAGAAAUAUGUCAACCUUGUCAACCAGACCCAUCUAAACCAAGUAAUUGAUCAUAAAGAGAGUUGAUGGAAGUUGACUUCUUGGGCAAGUUUCCUUUCCAAGGAAACUGUUGAAAGCAUUUAUGCUGUUGGGAUUAUUCCUAAUGCAGCCUGCAGAGAUGUGUAACUUGCCUAAUAAUAACCAGAUUCAAUCAGGGUUUGGAAGUAUACAAGUCCAAGCUUUCAGCCUUCAAUGCUUUAUUUCAGUUGUCAAGUGCCUCCUUUAUUGGAUAGUGGUUAGUUGAAUGCUGAGAAAAUAGCAUUGAAGGUUUUAGAGGGUUUCAUACAGCUUUUGCAAAGCAAUUCAUUUUUGAAGAUUAUGAUGUAAAAUUAGAAUGUAGGUUGUUGAAGAUUUUUUUGACACAUCUUGGGAUUAAUGCUGCUACAUUAAUGUAAACGGAAUAUAAUUAAUAGAAGAUGAACAGUGACAUUAAGUGCAGCUGAUGAAGUGUAGGUCACAUAAUAAUGAAUGGAUUAUUGUGCUUAGGGAAGUAUCUUGCAAAAUCAGGUUUUUUAAAUGUCUGACUUAAUGUGUGAAGCUGCUCAAGUUUUUGGAGGACCAUGGUUUUAUUUAAGAGAUGCCAACCUUGACUUUUUUAAAGUGCACAUGUCGACGUAUGCUUUGUGUUUAGUAUUCUGUUGUGACCGUGUUCUUCUAUCAUUAAUAAACAGAUUUUUUUCAUUAGCUGUAGACUUGAUAUUGAGGACAAUCAUCCUGAAAAACCUUUGCUGAAAUUGACCGAAGGCUUAAGAAGCAUUUGGUAAAAAAAACCAACAAAAAAACCCAGUUCUUAUGCUGUCCUGUGCCUCAAAUUUUUCCUAUUGCCUGUCGCUGUACUCUUUGGUAAAAAAUGUACAUGAUUCAUUGUUUUGGAUUUCACAACGAGCACAAGCUGUCAUUGUUAAAUGGCAUACCACUGAACAGAUGGCUCAGCAGCUUCGGAAGUAACAUUUUGCUUUGGGACCACAAGCCCGACUCUGUUCAAUAUUGUGGAAGUCAUUCUUUUAUAAAUUACAGUGUAGGGCCAUUAAGCCGCUGUCCAGUAAUCCGCGCAUUCGCUUAAGCUGCAUAAAAUGCUUGGAUCCCAAUUUUGUGGCACCACGAAUCAUACGGAGCUGGACAUGGCCUCUCAAACACUCGAGACGGGUGUUGACAGCUGUCAUUGUGGCAUUUCAAAUGUCCGUGAUUGACAUGCUAUGCACUAUCACGGAUUAAAUAUUUAAGUGCUGGGUUACAACUUCAAAAAGGUAUUUCCAGAAGAUUAGUCUUUUAUUUAUCAUAACACAAUAAAAUAACUUACAAUGAAAUUAAAUAUUAAUCUGUUUUAUUCACGCUGAGUGUCAGCAUUAUUCUGACCCUCAAAUGAUUCACACCUUAUAAUGCUACAAAGUUAAGAGAAAGGAUUGUGAAAUAAAAACCAUUAAUUUUUUUGCAUUAUUUACUGUAAUUUAUGCAUUAUUAACAAAUAUUUAAGCCGUGGUUAAGCAAUUUGGACCCCAGUCACCGCCGCUUAAUGGCCAUAUUCUAUAAAUGGUGGGGACAUGUUUUUCCACAUCAUCUUGUUGCUGGCUGUUUUCUUCCCAACUGCUUGUGUAAAGAACUGUGGAGAAAUGGAAGCGGUGACAAAUGGCUGUAGUAUGCUUGUUCAUGCAUUCCUUGCAAAAGUUUUCUUUGCUGGAUUUUUAAAAUGACUUCAACAUGGACACAUUUCAUUGACUCCAUUGACAUUUGCUUGAUCUGAAGAUCUGAAAACUAAUCUACAGGCUAUUGCUUGACUGUUUAUUUUUAAUUGGAUUUUCGUUAAGAGUGUUGUCAGUUAAGACUGGUGGAGAUGGUAUUUGAGGGUCAGGUUGUUGAAACAAUAAUGGUGGUUGAAAAAAGUUGGUAUGAGACUACGCAAGUGGACUGGUGCAUAUGUGUGUGUGCUUUGCAGAGGUCAUGAACAAUAUAAUCUGUUGGCCAUGUUAAUUAUCGUUUCCAUGUUAUAUUGUGUUCAAGAUAUUAAAACAGUCUUUCAGACGUU